AUGCUUUGCUCAGUGUCCCAUGUGUGCGCAGCGGCGGACGCGACGGCCAAGGUGCCCUCGGGGCUGACGCGCGGCAACCUGCGCCGCGCUGGGGGACAUGACGAGCCAGUUGUGUCUGUUGCGCAGUGGCGAGCGACGGCCAAGUGUCCCUCGGGGCAUGCUUGUCGCGGGCAACCUUUGCGCGCGCGGGAUCAGAUGGACAGUGCGUUGGCGGUGGAAGGCAGAGGUGCACACCACCACCUUGCACGGCAAGGCAGCGGCGAGCUGGAGGACGCGCCGGGCUACACGCCGGAGUUCAGCCGCUGGGAGCUGGGCGUGUGCGUGCCCGCUGCGUGCGCGGCCGCCGACGUGCAGGCGCUGCUGAGCGGCGUGGCGCGGCGGCUGCUGGCGGGCACGUCGCUGCGCGCCCACGUGCGCGUCCUCGAGCAAACCUGCCAGACCCGCGGCAGCAACCGGAGACCUCUCGGAGCUGCGCACUACGCGUUCGUAGCAUUCUGUGGCACAUUUUUAGUGCUAGUAAUUCUUGGCACCAUAUGGAAUUUCCAUUACGACUGCAAAUCUCCUGAAGAUAGAAGUCCAGGUGAAGCUGUCCUGUGCGCCUUCUCGCUGUGCACCGGCUGGAAGCGGCUGACGAGCGACCGAACUGAGGAGCUGGCUCCAUCGCCGGCCUGCGCGCGCUCACCACGCUCAUCAUGA